GCAGACCCUACCAGCCAGUAGUGCGCGUAGUGCGACCGCCAAGAAUCGAGGAUAACCGUUUUAUUUAUCUCUAAUACUUGAAUUUAUUAAAGAUAACUGGUAGAAGGAAUUUAUCUCGUAACUUAAAAAUUAAGAGCAUCCGAAGGGAAAUUGAUCAUCAGCGAUCAUAAAGGAUGUUCAAUCAAAGCGUAGGAUUAAGAACAGGCACGACGACUAGUUCGAAUCCGAUGCAAGAUUUCGAGGUUGUCUCGCCACCGGACGAUUCCAUCUCCAGCCUUGCAUUCAGUCCGGCUUCGAUUCCACAGAAUUUUCUAGUUGCCGGUUCUUGGGAUUGCAAUGUUCGUUGCUGGGAAGUGGAGCAGUCCGGUAAAACGGUUCCUAAAUCGAUACAAUCCAUGGCGGCCCCAGUUUUCGACGUCGCGUGGAGCGAUGACGGGACGAAGGUAUUUAUGGCUGGCUGUGAUAAAACCGCCAAGUGCUGGGACUUGGCGUCGAAUCAAUGUAUUCAAGUCGCUUUACACGAUGCACCUAUUAAAACUUGUCAUUGGAUCAAAGCGAGCACGUAUUCUUGCCUGAUGACAGGUUCCUGGGACAAGACACUGAGGUUCUGGGAUCUUAGAAGCUCCAAGCUCGCGAUGAACAUAAACUUGAUCGAGAGGUGUUACUGUGCAGACGUCGAUUAUCCAAUGGCAGUAGUAGGAACCGCGGGACGCGGAUUGAUAGUUUACCAAUUGGAAGGCACUCCCAGAGAAUACAAGCCGGUGGAAUUGAGUUUAAAAUAUCAGUAUAGAUGCGUUGCAAUUUUUAGAGACAAAAAGAAAGUUCCUACCGGUUUCGCGAUUGGCAGUACGGAGGGUCGAGUAGCGAUACAUCAUUUAAAUGCAAGCUCGAAAGAUAACUUUACUUUCAAAUGCCACAGGACGAACGGGACCCCCAACGGAUACCAAGAUAUUUACGCGGUGAACGACAUCGCGUUUCACCCGGUCCACGGUACCGUUGCGACCGUCGGAGCUGACGGUACGUUCGGAUUUUGGGACAAAGACGCGAGAACCAAGCUGAAAUCCUCGGAACCAAUGGAGCAGCCGAUUACUCGGUGCUGCUUCAAUCACAAUGGGCAAAUAUUUGCAUACGCAGUGUCUUACGACUGGUCGAAAGGUCACGAGUACUAUAAUCCAGCUAAGAAGAAUUCUAUAUUCCUCAGGCCAUGCUUCGAGGAACUAAAGCCGAAAUCAUCGCCGUAAAAUCGGAGAAACGACGGUAUCUUCUUUUCUUCGAUUUCUUUUAAGACCUGUGGUGCGUUUUCAGAUAAUAGAUUUUAUAAUCGUAAUCGCAUUACAAUUGUUUACGUAAAAUAUGACUGUCCUAUGCUCUUUGCUUUUUUACACGAGAAAUGUUUCAGCAUUACUUCGUUAUAAUAAUGACAUUGAAUUGUAAGUUAUAAAUUUGAAAUCCAACAUGCAAUUGAAUUACAGUUUACAUUUUUCA